UCUAGCUGGCGUCCGGUGACGUCAAUGGCGGCGCUCAGUUGUUUAGGUGAGCGCCGGAGUCUGAGGCAAACGUGGAGGCCGGGGGCCGUUUUCGGUCGCGAUGCCUUACGCCAACCAGCCCACGGUGCGGAUCACCGAGCUCACGGACGAGAACGUCAAGUUCAUCAUCGAGAACACGGACCUGGCAGUGGCCAAUUCUAUCCGCAGAGUCUUCAUCGCCGAGGUGCCCAUCAUAGCCAUAGACUGGGUCCAAAUUGAUGCCAACUCUUCAGUGCUGCAUGAUGAGUUCAUUGCCCACAGGCUUGGAUUAAUCCCUCUUACAAGUGAUGACAUUGUAGACAAGCUGCAGUACUCCAGGGACUGUACAUGUGAAGAAUUUUGUCCUGAGUGCUCAGUAGAGUUUACGCUCGAUGUCCGUUGCAAUGAAGACCAGACUCGCCAUGUCACAUCUCGAGAUCUCAUUUCUAAUACCCCCCGCGUCAUUCCGGUGACAUCCCGGAGUAGAGACAAUGACCCCAAUGAUUAUGUGGAACAGGAUGACAUCCUUAUUGUCAAACUCCGGAAAGGCCAGGAGCUGAGACUACGUGCCUAUGCUAAAAAGGGCAUUGGCAAGGAACACGCCAAAUGGAACCCUACAGCUGGAGUGGCCUUUGAGUAUGACCCAGACAAUGCCUUGAGACAUACAGUCUACCCAAAGCCUGAAGAGUGGCCAAAGAGUGAAUAUUCUGAGAUUGAUGAGGAUGAAGCCCAGGCUCCCUAUGACCCCAAUGGCAAACCAGAGAGGUUCUACUACAACGUGGAGUCCUGUGGCUCUCUUCGCCCUGAAACCAUUGUCCUCUCUGCUUUGUCUGGUUUGAAGAAGAAAUUGAGUGACCUCCAGACCCAGCUAACCCAUGAGAUCCAGAGUGAUGUCCUAACUAUAAACUAGCAGCAGUCAUUUCUAUCAGAAAUGGGACUCUACAAUAAUGGAUGGACUUCUAGCCUGAAAUUCUGCUUGCCAGACUGAAAAGUGGACUAAAAUUUGGCCUGUUCAAAGAUCUGGCUAGCACAUUGCAGCUUUUAAGCCUAUUGCCAGUUUGGAAUGUUAAUUAACCUAGGAAGAUAUCAUGGGAAGGAGAGGUGGGAGGCUUUAUUCCUUGCAAGAUUUCAUCCUAGUCUCCUUGGGUAUUCCCUUAGUAUGAACAGAAAAUAAAAAGCCUUUUCCCCUAGGAAUCAGCAAAGAUUUUGGAGGAUAAGGUGAGUAGGUGUAUCUUUAUUAAGUCCUUACAUAACCAAUCUUUAGACUAUAUUGGCCUUUACUACACCUCUACUGUGGUACCUUUGUUAGCAGCGGCAAGAAAAAUUCUCUUCCAUAGAUUGUAGGCUCAGUAAUACAGUGAGUGAGCUACUCUUUGGUGGUGCCUCAGCUGACUGAGUUUUGAGUACAGUGUUUUCUUCCAGGCUUGCUUUGGAGUGUUCCAUUAAUUUCUUACCACGCCCCAGGUUAGGUCCGCUGCCUUCUCAACCCUAAACUCCUCUAACUAUAGUUUGAUCACUUAAUUGAGAAGAGAAAGCAAGCAUCUUUCAAUGUCUUUUUGAUGAUGAGGGUGGGUUAACCCUGAUCCCUUAUUGCUGGCUCCAAAGGAAAGUACAACAUCACUGGUUAGUUGGAUGACAAAUCAGAAAUUCAAAUCAGAUAGUAAGGGUCCUUUAUUAAUGAGCAGGUUUUUUUUUUUAAAAAUCAUUUUUGGCAAUAAACAGCACAUAAUUUUCUGACCUACUUCCUCCAUGCAUCAUUCUGCCUGGCCCAACCCAGAUAGCUCUCAGACCAUUCCAAAACCUUUAGACAGAGCAUUCUCCCCCAUCCCCACCCCCCACCCCCCUAUCUUCACAAGCAAAAUCUGACUUGUUCCUCAAAAAGAAGAGAAAUUGAAUGAAACCAAGGAGGAAAAUUGGGCCAGUGGCUACCUCCCUUGAUUCUGGAUUUGGAUGGGAGGAUCUACUUCUUUAGCCUGCCUUUUGCCUCCACUGAAAUAAAUAUUUACAAGAAGCUCAACUCCCCAAAUCAGGACCACAAACAUUAAAAAAAAAAGUUCAAUGUGAAUAGAAAGAUAGCCCUUCUGCACGGUAGUCAAUAAAUACCAGCACUAGAAAAUCAA